AUGUCGGCGCUGCUGCCCUCGGAGGGGCUCCCCGGCACUGAGCGUGGAGCAGAGAAUGGGGAGAACUCGCGGUACAAGUCGUCCGGCUCCAGUGGCGAAGAGGAGCUGAACCUGGGCAAGAAGAAGCUGCGGAGGCAAAGGACUCACUUCACCAGCCAGCAGCUGCAGGAGCUGGAGGCCACCUUCCAGCGCAACCGCUACCCUGACAUGAGCACCAGGGAGGAGAUCGCAGGCUGGACCAACCUGGCGGAACCCAGGAUCAGGGUCUGGUUUAAGAACCGCAGAGCCAAGUGGCGGAAGAAGGAACGGCACCUGCAGACCGAGCUGUGCAAGGGGGGCUUUGGCCCCCAGCUGAACGGUCUGCCCAGGGGCCCGUAUGAAGACCUCUACCGCAGCUACUCCUACAACAGCUGGGCCCCCAAGGGCUUCCAGGCCAGCUCCCUCCCCGGCAAAAGCUUCCAGCUCUUCAAUACUGUGGAUCUCAAUUCCUUCUCCCAACAAGCCAUGUUCCCAGGGGUCGCAACAGCCUCCAUGCCCAGGGUCCCGGCCCUGGAGAACUUCAACAACCUGGCCGGCCCCGCCAGGUCUCCCGCCCCCACCUACGGACCCGAAGCUUCGCCUUAUAUGUACAGGGACUCCUGCAAUGCAAGCCUGGCAGGGCUGAGACUCUGGGCAAAGCAGCCCCAGCCCCUUGGCCUCGAGGUCCUUCCAAGCCCAGCCGCGAGCCCCAGCUCCUGCCAGUACACACUGGACAGGCCCGUGUGAAGGGGACCCCAGAGCACCGAUACCAGCCCCCCUCGCCAGACUGUAUAGAGGGGCGGGGGGUUCUCUCACCAAGGACAGUGUGGAGGGAGGGGGGUUCCCCAGUCCUGGGACAGUGCUGCCCUCAAAGCCCAUGCACCCCACCUCCCUCUGCCAGUGCCUAGCUCAGGGAGCCCAGGGGGUGCCAAAGGCCAUGAGUAGCUCAAAAGAUUGUGGCUUAGCCCAAGACCAGUAGAUCUAGCCCCCGACAAAGCUCACUGCAGGCAAAGUGCAGCACUUUGGGUUAAAUUUAGCGGAAAACGCCAUCUAAGAUAUCAAACAAGUAACAGACUCUUGGGAGGAGACAAAUGCCCCCUGUGAGGGGAGUGGAGGAGGGGAGACCUGGAGAGGUCUGGACACAGGGCUCUGGGACUAGCCUGCUCAGCAGGCACAGGGAAGGGUGUGAAGCUGUUCUGAGUUCUGCACUUGGUGGCAUUAUUAUCUCCAGCUCUUGCCAACGAAACAGAGACUCCGGAGCUCAGGCUGUGGCUAGAGCAGGGAGCUUGGAGAAUUCCGUUCCCCGCGCUGGAAGGGAGUGCCAGAGGGUGAGCCGAGGGGCAGGGACGGUGUGUCUGGACUCCAGCGGAUAGAUCAGGAGCCCUGGAGUCUAUUUCCAACGCUAGCAUUUCCUCACCAUGUGACAGUGGGCAAGUCCUGUCCCCUCCCUGUGCCUCAGUUUCCUUGUCUGUAAAAUGUUGGUAACAGUGCUGACCGGCCUCACCAGAGGACUGAUUCAUACUUGUAACAUGCUUUGGGCUCCUUGGGAGGAAGGUGUAAUAAUGUCGGUGCAGAUGACAUCAACCGGGGGAGGGGUAAAUAACACUGAGGACAGUCACUGAUACAGGGUGUUCUGGAUCGCUUGGUAAGCUGGGUGUGAGCAAACCAUGUGCAGGGAAGUUCUCUGGCCUGUGUUAUGCAGGCGGACAAGCAGACUCACUAGAUGCUCACAGCAGUCCCUUCUCACCUUAAAAUCUCUGAAUUUAGGUGCAAACUAUUCUUUGACCUUGUAAAGUCGGUGCAGGCCUGCUUUCGGAUCUUAGCCAGAGUUUGUGCAGGAUCUGGGCACCUCACCAUUAUGAUAUCAAUCCAUGUCCCAGUCUCCUGAGGACGGAACAGACUGGUCUGGCUUUUCCAAUUCCAACUCCCAGGAGACCCCCCGGGACUCCUUGGUGCACGGCUCACCAUAGCUGAAUUCCUCUCAUUUCAGGGCUUACUGCCAUGGGAUUUGGGGCGUGCUCAAAUAGUUCCCCUGUAUCCCCCCCUCCCUCAAAAGCCCAUACACGCAGCAGUACCCCCUCCAGAGCUCAUGAGCCCUACCUUGUGAGUGGCCA